UUUUUAAAAUUGUUUCAAACACCUGCAUGUCUACAUACAUAUUACAUACCUAUGAGCAUAUGGUACUGUCAUAGUUAGACCUUCUUUAUAAUUUUUUUUUUUUUUAUGAUCUGUAUCUCGCAUCCAAUAGUCCACAUACUAUGGAUACCAAAACUAAUAACGAUAAAGUAAUUAAAGAAGUAAGAAUGAUAUGAAUGUGUGGUUUUUGUCUUUAAUACAUAAAUAUUUUCACCUAAUUAUUAUAAUUAUAACCUAAACUAAUUAUUACAAUGUACUAUUAUAUCUUAUUUAGAUACCCGUUUAUUUAAGUGAUGAUUUAAGACAUUUGCUUUUGUUACACUAUCCCACGAGAUUGGCAAAACACGAUAAAUUAUUGUCGUCAACUGUAACUCAGGUAUACUCACACCUCAUCUGUUCUGUACUUAGAUAUGUUGUAUUCUAUUUUUAAUUAUUUUCAUUUUUAGUGCAAUUACAAAACAGAUUGUGAAGAGUUAGAAUUGGCAUACGCACUGGACACAAAUUUAAAUUACGAUGAAAUGCACGGAAAAGAAUUGGCUGUUGAACCAGACAAAAGUUCUAAAGAUAAAAGUAGUUAUCCCAGGUUAAGAUAUAAUUAUGUAAUAAUUAUUAAUUACUGUAUCAUAUUAACAAUACAAUGAAUGUAUUUAACCUUGUUUUCUUUAUACAUUUGCUUUGUAUAUGAUACUUUUUGAAUGUCUAUACCAUAGAGAAUAGAACUAGAGUAAGAAGUAGACACUCCCACUGUUUAAGUAGGAAAAAGAAAUGCACUAUUAUGAUUCACAUGAUUUAAACUUCAACUUGUUAAUAUAGGUAUUAAUAAAUAUAGUUAAUAAAAAAAAAGCUGGUAUUUACUACCUACCUAUUAUAAUGCAUUGCUAUAAGUUGUAACAAAUAUAGUACUACUUUAAAAAUUAAAAGUAUCUACUUAUAAGUACAAAAGUUUACUAAAAAUAUUUAAUACUCCUAAAAUCAUCUACAUGUUACAUCAUUAAAAAAGAUAAUUUGUUAUAAUUGAUUUAAAUGAUUUGAUACCUAAUAUAGUUUAUAGUUUAAACUUGAUUGAAAAUCGUAUUAAUUUUACUUUAGUUUUUGUAAUGGGAUUACAUUUCCUUAGUUCUAAUUGCCAUGGUGUAUACCUACUAUUCUACUUAAUGAUUAUAAUUUAAUUUAAGUGACUUAUUUUAAACUAUUAUUAUAUUUUUUAUUUAUUAAUAUGAGUACAUAUUUUUUGUAAUGUUAUUAAUUAUUAUAUUAGGUAUACCAUUUCAAUAUUUGUCCGUAUAUUUUAAUGAUGUAAGUCACAGGUUUAUAAUAUAAUAAGCUCCCUUCUUUUUUUAACAUUGCUGUAAAAUGUUUAAAAUCCAAUGUAUUUUAAGUUGUAGUUACAAACUAUAAUGAAAUUACAUGAUUAUUAUUAGUUUUACAUCUAUAGUGGUAUGGUUGACCAGAUGUGUUUUCAAUCACACAAGAUAACAACAAAUACAAUUGACAUGAUAAUGUAUGCAUCUGGCCAAAGUCUUCACUUAUGUCCAUUGAAAAAUUCAUUUAACAUGCUACCUAAAUUGAAUCACAUUGAUAAAGUUGAUCCAAAAAACAAUAAUAAGAAAAAUUCCCAAAACGACAAUGGUAAAAGAACUUAUUAAUCUUCUUUUUUCAACAGUAUAAUAGUUUGUAACAAUGAACUGUUACUUUUUAGAGGUAUCUGAAGAAGAAGAAGAAGAAGAAGAAGAAAGCGAGCAGAUAAUAGCCAAAUUCAAAGAUAGACCAGGUAAAAAAAGCGAAAAGAAAAAAAUGCAAGAAAUGGUUAAACAAAGAGCAAUGGAACCUUGUGUUCAUUUAAACUUUAUACCAAAUGGUCAAUAUUUUUCUAGGGUAAAUAACAUUGACCAUUUAUAUCUUAUAUUAUGUUACAUACACUCAUUAAGUUUAUAUUAAUAAUUUCAAAAAAAUAUUUUACUUUAUUUUCAGAUGGAAUUGGAUAAGUUUACAUUACCAAAAAUAAAGAAUACAACCAAUAAUAUUAAUACUCAAGAACCCAUAUUGGAAAUAAAAAUCAUCAAUGAAAAUAUCGAUUCAAUUAGAGCUCGUCAGUUAUCUCACCAUGAUAUCAAAUUAUAUUCUUUAGAAAAUAAAAUAAAAAUACUUCUAUUAAAUAGUAAGUUAUAUCAGCUUUUUUUAGCAAUUACAUUUCAUUGAAAUUAUUCACAUAUUAAAAAUUCACUUUAUAUUAACAUACUUUAUUUCUAUUUUGGUAUCUAUAUACUAAAUGAUCUAUUUAAUUGGUCCACUUAUUAUCUCGAAAAGUAUUAACUUUUUUCAGAAUUUGUUUUCUAGAAAAUUUAAGAAACAAGUUGCUCUAUAAUUUUAUAUUUAUAUAUUUUUUUAUCACCCUUAUUUUUAGGAGUAAAACCACUGCCUACUUUUCAAAUGGCACCUAUUUUUAAAAGUCCAUAAAUAAAUGAAGUAUUAGUUAAAAUAAAUUUUAGUGUUGAAACUUUUGAUUUCUGUCGAUCCGUUGAUGAGAUAUUCCAUUUUUAUGUUUAGGUUGGAGGAGAGUAGUGGUGCAUUAUUAACAAGCUGCCACGCUGUACCGCCACACAAAUGAAACUCCACUACUCUUCUCCAACCCAAACUUAAAAGUGGAAAAUCUCAUCAACGGAUUGACAGAAAUAAAAAAUGCCAGCAAUAAAAUUUAUUUUAACUAAUACUCAAUUUAUUUAUGGAAUUUGUAAUAUAGGUUGCUAUUUGAAAAUCAAAAGUAGGUAGUGGUUUUUCACCUAAAAAUAAGAGCGAUAAAAAAUAACGUAAAUACUAAAUUAUAGAGCUGCUUGUUUCUUAAAUGUUAUAGAAAAUGAAUACCGAAAAAAGUUAAUACUUUCUGAGAUAAUGAGUGUACCCACUUAAAUGGAUCAUCUGGUAAUAUGAAAUUGAAUGAUAAAUUGUUUACCAACUGUAAAAAAUACAUUUAGUAGGUGUUUGAUAUACUCUAAAUUAUGAUAAUUCUCUCGUGCAAUUAAUAAUUGAUGUACUAAAUUAUAAAAUACUGUGAACGAGUAAACAACUUUAAGUGACACCAUUGGUUAAAAGCUGUUAUAAUGUAUUAAUUAUGUUAUUAUAUAUUAUUCAAAUUUGUUUUAGCAAAAAUGGUUUCUACAAAAACGUUAUUAGAUCUUUUACACAGUUGUGGUGUACCAACUGAUGAAAGUGUUGAUACAAUUUUGACCCAUUUACAAAAAAUUGCUUUUUUGAUUUGUGGUAAUUGGACAAUCAAGAGUGAAGAACUGUAUCCAGAUAACACUAUAUCCUCUCAUUUUGGUCUGUCUUCUGAAAUCAUGCGCCUCCUAAGAGAUUAUAUUGUAAGAUGUUUUCUGUAGUAGUUGUGUUAAAUAAUAUUAAAUUAUAAUUGUAUUAGUUAAUAAAAAUUAUAGGUAUUAGAUUACAAAUGUAUUUAAUAACGGAGUUCUUCGGGAAUGCCCAUGCCCCAGUGCAUUUAAAUAUACACACAUGACUUGCCUUACCAUAAAAUUUUGUUGCCAACCGUAAAGUAUAACCUACCUCAAGUUUACUUGGGCAUGACAUUAGAUUGCAUGCUAACGUAUAAACAGUACCUGAAGAAAGUAAUAGCCAAAAUAAAGACCAGAACAUCCUUGGUAUCCAAACUAGCUGAAAUUACUUGGGGGGAGGGUCUUAACUCAGGUCCUGACCUCUUUGACUAUGGCCCUCAUAUAUUCUAUAGCAAGGUACUGGUUCACCGGUAUGGAAAGGGAAUACACAUUGCAAGUUAGUAGAUUUUAAACUAAGUAAAGUUUAAGAUCCACACAAACAAAUUGGUUGCUGGUAUUGUACAAUAUCCAGUCACUCCACCUAUGUAGACAAAACGCCAUGUUAAAGAUAGUAGAAAUACUCAAAUCACACCUAUUUUUAAAAGACUGGCUUCUAUAAACUGAUUAAGACUUUUCCAGCAAGAUGUGUGGAAAGUCAAAUAGGAAAAUAACCUCUCAAAAAGUGGGGAACAAAGUUAUCCUGUGGCUGAAUAACCUGAACAUUGAUAUAUGACGGCUAAGAAAAAUAACCGCCACAACGUUAUCAUUUUAAUUUAAUUUCUAUUUUAUAAGAUACGUUAUCUAUAUUGUAUUUGCAUUUGAUGUAUAGUUAUAUUAAAUUGUUUUUAAAAACAGAACAAUUUGUUACCUAUAAAAUAAUACAAAUUUUAGCAUACUUAGAACACUGAAAUAUAUUAUUUAAGUAUUACACGGAUUGCAUUAUUUUGUUUUUAAUCCUUUAGAUUCAUUUGUUGGAUUCAGGCAAAAAUAUCAAUCGUAAAGAUAUUGGAAAACUUUUCAAUUCGCCUCCAGAUGAAGUUAUAGAUGUUUUAAAUUCUGUAGCUAAACUGGAUGAAGAUAAAACUUGGAGAUUCGCUUUUACUGAAAAUGAUAUUUUAGAAAUAAAGUAUGUCCAACUAAAUAUUUGUAUUGUAUAUUAUUAAUAAACUAUGUUAUGUAAUUAUUAAUUUAGUAUAAUGUACUAAAUCAAUUUUUUUUUCUAUUUAUUUCAGUGGGGAUAAAUUUGAUGCCAUUUGUGAAGAACAAAAAGAAUGGUGGGAUAUGAGAAUAAAAGAAAUUGAGUCAUGGCUUGAGCAGAAACCAAAAAUCAAUUGAAUUUAAUA